AAAAAGACAAAGCAAUCAACCACCAACAAAAAGAUUCCAGUAAUAAAAUUUUCUGUUAAUUAAAAUGAAAACACAGGGAACUAAACUUCCAUCCUUUCCACCACUUACCGUUUCCAAUCAAAAUUUUAAAGCACAUAAUAAUUAUGAGCAAAUUAGGAAAAUGAAGGAACAAAAAAAAAAAACUUGUGAUUUGGGUGGGGUAAUAAUGUGUUUAGCAAACUGAUCCCUACAAGAAUUAAAUAUGAUUAAUAAUUAUUUAAUCCUCAAAGUCAAAGAUAGAAGUGAAGAUGGGGAUCAGUUAUUGAAAGUUUUGGUUUCCCAAAACAGGGUCAUCAUAAUCAAUCUCUCCCUACUCCUAACGUUCUUUCUUUUGGCCUAAUUACUUAAUUAAUCGUAAUUAUUCACACACACAUUCUCUCUCUCUUGUUGGCUUAGUAGUAGUAGUUUGUCAUUAGUACAUCAUUAAAUCCACCACUUACCAACAGAAUAUAAUAUCCUCACAAACCCAAACAAAUAAAGUUAAAAUAAAAAAAGAAGAAGUUAUUACAUCUCCAAUAACUGAUGGUUGAUUGAAAUCAUGUUUACUGUCAAAUCUUCAAGUACUUCCUCGAAUCGAUACCGAGCACUUUCAAAUCUUACUCAUUUUAGUUAUAUACUUGCGAACGCAAUUCAUUUUGCAAUUCGAUGAACACCGUUGAUAAUGUCUGUGCCCUAACUUAAUUGUCAUUCUUCAUCGACAGCCAAAAUUGUUCGGUUGGAUCUAGCUAAAAAGGUAGCAAAUGAUGGUCCUUGUUGGCGCGACACCAACGAACUUUUUUUAAUGGUUGGAUAAAUUUCUUAUAAAAAAUUUCUUUAGGAUGACGGAUCUAUACACGUAAAGGUUGAACAUGUGGUAUAUACAGUUGGCUCAACCAGACAUUGAGACAUGAAACAAGUUAAAAAUUAUUGCAAGCUUGAUCUUCGGUUGCGAUCCAUAAGAAAAUAACAGGAACUAUUAGUUAUGUCCGCAAAGAAAAAAAACCCAGGUAGCCAAUUAAGCAAAAUUAAAAGGUCGGGUACCAAAAAGGAUUUGAAUUUUUUUUUUUAACCCAAUAAAAGCCAUAGCUAGUUACCCAACUACUAUCAUCUCCAUUUUCUCCUCUGCUCUACUCUCUUGGGCUAUAAAAAAAGUCACCUCAUCAUCUCACCACAACUUCCUCAUUUCCCACAUUCUCCAUUAUCCCAAACCCAAAACUUUCCUCCCAAAUAUUACAGUAAGAUUCCAACCAAAGCUAUUAUCACCAUUACUCACCAUCAUCCUCAUCAAAUUUGUUACCAUAUUAUCAAAACAUACUGAGGCCGGCGUGAUCGAUUUCACGGGUCGAGAAUCGAUAAAACUACAAAUUCGGAUUAGCAAGCAAUGGAGGACGACUGCCACACGAGGCUGGGCCUCGGCCUGAGCAUCACGGGCCCAAGUAGCCCGGCCGCGAAGCAACCGAUUAUUAGCAACCACAAUUUUUUCCGCGACGACAAGGAGAAAUUGUCGAGGAGGAAGAAGAAGAAGAAGACGAAGACGUCAGUGGCGUGUUUGGACCUCUCCUUUAAGCUCUUUCCUGGAGGAGACGACGAAGACGAUGAAACCGUGGCUAAUGAUGAUGAUGAUCACGACGAUAACAACGGCGUAGUGGAAUUAGCGACGAAAUCGUCGUCGUCAAUUGAUACGGAAGAGCAGUACUACUGCAGCUCCGGAGGAGGGCGUAAAGCGGUGAUGGAUGGUAAGGAGAUGGUGGGCGGCGGCGGGAGAAAGAAGCUACGGCUCAGCAAGGAGCAAUCCAGCUUGCUCGAGAACAGAUUCAAACUCCAAACCACCCUCAACACGGCACAGAAGCAGGCACUAGCAGAGCAGCUGAAACUGACGCCAAGGCAGGUCGAGGUCUGGUUUCAGAACAGAAGGGCCAGGACGAAACUGAAGCAAACGGAGGUGGACUGUGAGUUUCUGAGGAAAUGCUGCGACAGUUUGAGCAACGAGAACAGGAGGCUCAAGGCCGAGCUCCAAGAGCUGCUGCGCUAUGGGAGAAACGAACCAUCGCCACGUGGCCAGGCCUCGGCGGCGGCGGCGACGGCGAUGUGCCGGUCCUGCCAGAAGCGAAACGUUUCGUCCAGCGGAACGGCCAGCAGCAGUGGUGGUCAACCGUAUCAUAGUGGUGACAAUAAACCAUGACACAAAUAAUAUAGUAGAUUAUGGAAAAGCAGUAGUAGUAAUAAUAAUAAUAUGAUAUUAAUAGGAAGGGUUAAUAAUUAAUUUAACGAAAGGGGAGGUUAAUUAACUUUUUGGUGGUCCGCAACAGUAAUAAAUUUUAUGAGAGAUCGAUGAUAAUAAUUAUAAGUUUUUAAUGUAUAUUUUCUGUUGGUCGUAAGGUCUACCAUGAUUAGAUUAAUAGAGGGGGUUUAUUUUUGGGGGUUAGGGGGACGGUUUGGUAAAAUGAUACUUAUUAUAACUUCAAGAUUUAUUAGUCUCUUAAUUACGUAGCUAAGCGGCCGUUCGAUGGCUGUACUUCGCACUUCAUAAUUACGUCGUCAGUUAUUAUGAAACCCCUAUAUGGCCAUAUUGAUUUAAAAAAAGGUGGGAAUUUAGAUGUGUUUAUGAUUUUUCAAUAAUAACUAGUUAUUGAGAUUAAAUAUUUUUUUUUUGCAUGGUAUAAGUUUUUUAUGAUUGAGAGCUCGUUGCUCUAGUGUUUGAAUCUUGACGUCCUUCAUGUUAAGCACAUGAUAUUUUGAGCUCUGCAAAAUUCAAACUCAUAUAUAUGAGUUGAUUUUGGUUUAAAGAAACAUGUUAGUAAACACUAAAUAGUAUAAGAUUCAUAAUUGAGCUUCUCCCAACAAGUCGAGCAAUUGAGAUUUGGGACAAAACGAUUUUAGACACAACCCACCUGCAGAUAACUAUAAUUGAUGAGGGUGGAUCGUGGGACUAGGAAUGGCAACAGGGCCCGUUCGGGCUUCAGGGUGUGGAUAAUGGAUAUCCAUUACUCUUAUUAAUUGGUUUGAGUUUUAUCCAUAGUCAAAUAUAUACAUGAUUUGGGUUAUAAAUCGUGUAUAUAUGUUUUGGGCUUUGGUUAUCCAUGAAUAUCCACAGAUGAUAGUAUUUCUUUAUUGUCUUAACCAAGGUGUUACAAUUUGUGAGUGGGUUCACAUUAUACAUACAACUGAAAAUGUUAAAACUAUAAGUCGCUAAUAUUACGAGAAAUGUAAAAAAAAAGUAUUCAUUGGGGGUGUUAUAUAUCUACUACAAAUGCUUAAUAUACUGAGAGAAAAUAUAAACGUAUACGAAAAAAAUACAAAUAUGCAUCUAUAAUUGUCGGUUUUAUAGUAAGAAAACCAUGUCGCCCAUAAUCUAUAAUAUUCGUGUUCGGAUUCUAUCAAUACCACUAAUAUUGAUUUUGCUUAGGUUUCACCAGAUUUAAUCGUGUCGGAUUCGAACGAUUAACCAUGUUGGUGGAUACUUCCCAAUAUAAAUAGGUAGAUCUAUU